GCGGUGUAUACGACUAAGAUUUUAAGGUACAACAAAUUAUACCAAUAUAUUGUGACUGUAAGCAGAGACGAGCAGAGACCUGCAUUGAAGUGUCGAGACUUGAUGGUAUUUGUUCCACCUAGAACGGGUAGAGUGCUUCAUUGACUUAAAACAUGGACCAGGCAUCAAAUCCUUCAAGACGGUUCGCCACACCAUCACUAGCCGUUUAUAUCUACGCGUUUAUCGUGGGAGCUCAGCAAGGAGCGUUUGGUUCAGCAUCACUUCAAGCAAUUGAGUUUUUGGUCUCAUUUGAGCUGGGGUAUGAAGGCAAGAAUAAAACAUCGGGUGGGCCAUGCUCCGGCGAGCAAGCCAACACCACCGGGAGUGACGAGGCCAACGCGUUAAUUCAAGAACAGACAUCUUCUGUUGCCUUCGUUGGGGGCAUGCUAGGUGGCCUACCAGCGCUGUUAGUUGUUAUUGUGCUUUCGACGUGGAGUGAUGGCGCCCGUAGUUACAGACAGCUACGAUUUGUGGCCGUUUUACCAUGCAUUGGAAUGACCCUUUAUAUGGCCGUAUAUGUUGUCGUUUUGGCGUUAAGACUAUCGCCGUGGUUAACUCUUCUAGCAUCCACUUUUAUGGCGCUGGGAGGAGGGGUCUAUCUCCAAUUUGCGAUGAUGACAAAGUAUUUAAUUUAUGUAAAUGCGGAAAGAGAGCGAGCAGUGUACAUUAUUUAUCUGCAAAUUUUGAGCUUCUCUGCGCAGGGAUUUUCACAGCUUGGCACCGGAUAUUUAAUAGAGGGCGCUGGCUUAAUAACUCCUUUCGUCAUCCUCUUUUUCAUUUGUCUUGGAACUACUGUCUUUGUUGCUAUUUAUCCACCGAUAAUAGAGGCAAAGCCCACCACAGACGAUCAACCCAAACGAGGAGGCGUGCUCACAAUGUGUAGGGAUAUUCUGGCAGUGUUCAGGGAUCCUGAUACUGGAGAAUGCAACACCAUUCUUGCGUUGUACUGUGUAAGCCUUCUCAUUUACACGAUGUUGACCAUCUACUUCUUAAUCUUGGUGCAAAUCUAUGUGUUGGGAACGCCCUUCUGUUGGUCACCAUCUCUAAUUGGUUACUUUGGUGUAGCGAAACUAGUGUCAUGUGCCACAGGUCUGUUGGUUGGAGCCACGGUCCUGAAGAGAUAUUUUGACGACGACAUGAUAAUCCAGAUCGGCAUCUUGUCGAUGCUGCUCAGCACUGUUAUACCGAUCUAUGCUCGAACGGAUGCCGGAUUAUUUCUAAUUGUUCUUUUUGGCUGUUUUCGUAUUUUACCGGGUGCAGUCAUUACAGCCAGUGUGUCCAAACAUGCAAAGAAACAACAUUUCGGGAGCUUGUUUGGCGUGACUAUGGCCAUAGAAAGUCUGGCAUGUUCAUUAGCUCCCAUUAUAUUCGGCUCUAUCUACACAAUGACUGUUGCUGAUGAUCCGCAGUUUGUUUUUAAACUAAUGGCUGGCCUCGCGGUGAUACCAUCCACUCUCAUCAUGUGCAUACAAUGCUGGAAUAUGACUUCGGGUGUGGCCAACUACACAGAGUACAAAGAGGGCGCCCUACUAGCUAGCUCGGGUCUAAAGAAAUGAGGGCACCCGGCGUGGCGCUAGAGUCAUCACCGACAAAGUCGAGAAAUGUACAUGAACAUGUACCAGGAUUCAAGUUUCAGGGGCCUUUUGGGGCCCCUGGAUUUUCGGACUGCAAGGAGAUUUCAAGAUUGAUUUCAGAGCUAGAGAAGUGAAUCAGAGAAAAGGUUUUCCAAUAGGCAAGCAGGCACAAACAAAAGGAUAAUUUACAAACAUCAUGCGGCGACACCAUGUACAUUGUAGAUAACUCUCAUUUGAGUGAGCGACUGAUUUUAGAAUCAACAAAGAUGCUAUCAUCCACACCGACAUUUCUCAUCACUGUAAUCGGUGCUAAUGACGAGGGCAUGACGCCCAGAUAUUUCAUCUUCGAGAGGGCACAUCCGUUAUCAUGCGCCUUUAGGAAACUUUAGGGCACCAAUGCCAAAGAGGUCAUCCAUGGCAUUUAUUUCACGUUUAUCACUCAUAGCUUAUCUUGUGAACCCUCUAAAAUCAGACUCCACAGAAACAGUGUACAAAUGUACACUGUGUACAUGAAACCCAAUCAACUGUUUUGUAAUUUUUAACUUUCAAUUUUUUAUUCUUUUUAUCAAUCAAAUCCUCUUGGAUACGUCGAUAUUUAUUUCACAUUUUAUAACAAAGUAUGUACACAAAUUGUUAUUGUAGAGUAAAAGCAAAAAAUGUAAAAGAAAAAAAA